CACGAAACCGGAACUUACAUGAUCGUCAGUGUACGAUUUGACAGGUAAGGGAAACUUACCAUUUCCGAGUGUUGAUUUCGUACACGUGUGGAACGGGGGGAAACGAUUGAUGAAACACUGAAAGUCUGAUGGAGAAAGAGAACACUGAAACUGUUAUAGGUCCUGAUGGACAGCCAUUGUCAAAGAAAGCUCUGAAGAAACUUCAGAAAGAUGCAGAGAAAGCAGCCAAAAAAGCAGAGUACAAAGCGGCGAAUAAGCCCGCCCAGCAGGAGGCUGUUGAAACAGAGGAUGUGUCAAAGGGAAAGUAUGGUAACAUGCCAAUGAUACAGUCUGCUUCAAAACCAGAUGUCGAGUUUGUGGAGUUGAAAGAUCUUACCACGAACUUGGCAGAUGAGAAAGUCUGGGUCAGAGCCCGCUUACAGACCAGCAGAGCAAAAGGAAAGCAGUGUUUUUUUGUGUUACGACAGCAAAAAUGGACAGUUCAGGCUUUAGCGUCUGUUGGGAAAGAAACUAGCAAGCAAAUGAUUAAGUUUAUUGCAAGUAUAAACAAGGAGUCAAUAGUUGAUGUGGAGGGCUUUGUGCGGAAAGUGGAUCAGCGGGUGGAAUCAUGUACACAGCAAGAUGUGGAACUGCAUUGUCAACAGGUGUGGAUGGUGAGUUCGGCUGAGCCACAGCUGCCCCUGCUGAUUGAGGAUGCCUCUCGACCAGAGACCGACACCAGUAUGGCAAAGGUCAAUCAAGAUACACGACUUGACAAUCGAAUUCUGGAUCUGCGGACAACAACCAAUCAGGCGAUAUUUAGAAUCACGGCAGGAGUAUGCAGAUUUUUUAGAGAACAUUUAGACCGCCAGGGAUUCAUAGAAAUUCAUUCACCAAAGAUUAUUUCAGCUGCCUCGGAAGGCGGAGCCAAUGUGUUCACAGUGUCCUACUUUAAGAACAGCGCUUUCCUCGCUCAAUCUCCACAGCUUUACAAGCAGAUGUGUAUAUGUUCUGACUUUGACAAAGUCUACACAGUAGGUGCAGUGUUUAGGGCGGAGGAUUCCAACACCCACAGACACUUGACAGAGUUUGUGGGGCUAGAUCUGGAGAUGUCCUUCAAAUUUCACUACCAUGAAGUGCUGAAGGUCAUCGGAGACAUGUUCAUCAAUAUUUUCAAAGGUCUCAGAGACAACUUUCAGGAGGAAAUAGAAACAGUCAACAGGCAAUAUCCUUCAGAGCCCUUCAAAUUUCUAGAGCCAAGUUUGGUCCUGGAGUACCCAGAAGCUGUGAAGAUGUUGAGAGAGAAUGGGGUGGAGAUGGGGGAUGAGGACGAUUUGAGUACACCGGCUGAGAAACUUCUGGGUCGAUUGGUCAAAGCCAAGUAUGACACAGACUUUUACAUCCUAGACAAGUUUCCGCUGGCUGUCCGCCCAUUCUAUACCAUGCCAGACCCCAAAAACCCAAAAUACUCCAAUUCUUAUGACAUGUUCAUGAGAGGAGAGGAAAUCUUGUCUGGUGCCCAGAGAAUCCACGACCCAGUUUACUUAACAGAACGAGCCAAGGAGCACGGCAUUGGUCUGGAGAGUAUCAAGGCCUACAUAGAUUCCUUUAAGUAUGGCGCCCCGCCUCAUGCUGGUGGCGGUAUUGGCAUGGAAAGAGUGACUAUGUUAUAUCUAGGCCUUGACAAUAUCAGAAAGACAUCUUUAUUCCCAAGGGACCCAAAACGCUUGACUCCUUAAAGACAUCAGAAUAUAGGACUGCUGCAAUACAAUAUAAGACUUCUCUUAAACUAUAAAAUAUCAAGUCAACUGUGUUGUUAUAAGUAUAGGUACUGAUUAUAUGUCUCAAUUUGUCUACAUUUGGUCUCUGUUAAUGUUUCAUUGUCAGGGAAAAUGUUUUUAAAAAUUCAAUUAGAAUUAAAAUAUAGUAAAUCUAUAUUCCAAAACAUGUUAAAAGUUCAUAGUGAUAUAGAUAAUUGUACCAUGUUGAAACUGUGAGGAAAAGUGGCAAAAAAUUGUGUUUUUGUUUUAAGUGUAUUUAUUCCUUUGAUUUGCAAGCUGUACUGAGUAUAUGCUGUCAUGUAUAUUGAAAAUCAGAUAGAAUAAAAUCUUUGAAAAUGUC